AUGUCGGACUUGAAGUUUGAGGGAGUCAACGACAAAGCCGAAAGUGUCCACGCUGGCGAUCUGGGUCCCAAUGUGGAUCACCUCCAGCGAAGCUUGGGCAACCGCCAGGUCCAACUGAUCGCCAUUGGAGGCUCCAUUGGAACCGCCAGUUUCGUCAGUAUCGGUACUGGUCUCAUCAAGGGCGGCCCAGGCAGCUUGUUGAUCGCCUAUACCCUCUACUCAUGCAUGCUUGGCCUGGUCAACAACUGCAUCGCUGAGAUGGCUACCUUCAUGCCUAUUACCAGUGCCUUCAUUCGAAUGGCUGGUCAUUGGGUUGAUGAAGCCUUUGGCUUUAUGGCCGGGUGGAACUUCUUUAUCUACGAGGCUAUCCUGAUUCCCUUCGAGAUUUCAGCUCUCAACCUUGUGUUGACCUAUUGGCGUGACGACAUUCCUGUCGCGGCAGUAGUUGCAGCUUGCAUUGUCCUUUACUUUGCCCUCAACGCCUUCACCGUUAAGUGGUACGGAGAGGCCGAGUUCUGGCUUGCAUCCGGCAAAGUCAUCCUCCUCCUUAUCGUCUUCUCCUUCACCUUUGUCACCAUGCUCGGUGGAAACCCCAAGGGCGAUCGUUACGGCUUCCGAUACUGGAAGAACCCCGGUCCUUUCGCCGAAUACAUUACAACGGGUGACUUGGGUCGAUUUGAGGGCUUCCUCGGCUCCUUAUGGAGUGCCGCGUUCACCAUCGUCGGUCCGGAAUACGUCUCGAUGGUGUCCGGUGAGACCAAGCUUCCUCGCCGCUAUCUUAAGAACGCCUUCAAGACGACAUAUGCUCGAUUCGGUUUCUUCUUCAUCGGUGGUGCCCUGACCGUUGGAGUCGCCAUUGCCUACAACGAUAAGACCCUCGUCUCCAUCCUCACUGGCGAGGAGGGUGGUGCUGGUACUGCGGCCGCUUCGCCCUAUGUUAUUGCCAUGAACAACUUCGGAGUCGGCGUUCUGCCUCACAUCACCAACGCGCUGCUCAUCACGAGUAUCUUUUCGGCCGGUAACGCCUACACAUAUUGCGGAACUCGAAGUCUGUACGGUCUCGCGCUUGAAGGCCAAGCCCCCAAGUUCCUCCGCAAGGUCACGAAGCAGGGAGUUCCCAUCUACUGCCUCGCCACUAUCAUGGUCUUCCCGUGCCUUGCCUUCCUCAACGUUUCAAGCGACUCGGCUGUGGUCCUAACAUGGCUUACCAACCUGAUCACUGCGGCGCAGAUUAUUGACUACAUCGUUAUCUGUAUCACAUACGUCUUCUUCUAUAAGGCCUGCUUGGCCCAAGGUCUCGACCGCAACACCCUCCCCUACACUGGAUGGUUCCAGCCGUAUAGCGCCUGGAUCAGUGGAGUUUUCCUCACCGGCGUGGUCUGUGUUUAUGGAUACACAGUCUUCCUGCCCGGAAAGUGGGAUGUCGGUACCUUCUUUACCUUUUAUACCAUGGUGCUCGCUGCUCCUAUUCUCUUCUUUGGCUGGAAGCUUGUCAAGAAGACCAAGUUUAUCAAGCCUGAGGAGGCGGAUUUAGUUUGGGAGAAGCCGAUGAUUGACGCUUAUGAGGAGAACUAUGACGAGGAGGAUCUUGGGUUCUUCAGGGAGAUCAUGAAGAUGGUUGGUCUGGGCAAGAAGAAGACUUCUAGCUAUGCCGCCUGA